UACAGGUAAACCUCAGUGCUUGUAUGCAUGAUGGCGUAGUGGAAAAUAUAUGCAUACAGAUCAAUCAACACCACUACCAAGUAGCCUGAUCCAUAGCUGUCACACAAUCACAUAAUGACAAAGGAUUUGACAGCGUGUCUGUAAUAUGUAUUAGUUCGAGCAGGCAUCUCUACCGGAAGGUAGACUUGUGAUUUCCCAAUAGAGUGAGGACGGACAGGAGAAUGGCAGUCACUGGACCGACGGCAAAGAAACAGUUCGUUAUCGUUCUAGGGUUGAAUGGACUUAUAAGCCUAGUGGUGUGGUUUUACAUAACCACAUACCCAGGCUUGAUAUGGAGUGCUACUUCUUCAAUGACGGCAUGCUUACCUGCCAAAUCUAAAGACCUUAAAGAAUGGAAGGCAGAAAAUCUAACGAACUCUUUUAGUGUUGAAGUUAAUUUUGAGCCAACCGACAAUUCCAAAACGUACCGAGACCGAAACACUUUACUUUACGAGAAGUGUGAGACUUUACCUGUUGACAGAGUGAGAGGCAGACGUCCAAUAUACUUCUUUGCCAAGUCGAAGAGUUUAGCCUUUUGUAAAGUACCAAAGGCAGGAAGUACCUUUGUGGGAACGGUAGUUGCCGCACUGGAGCUUCGUAAAAAACCAGGAAACAUGUUCCACAUGAGCCUAGCUAUUGUGCAUGGCCAAAAUGAAGUAGACUUUUCCACACUUUCAAAGUAUAGCUCCAGUGUUGUAAAAAAAAUACUUGUGACUAGAAAUCCAUACACACGAUUAUUUUCUGCCUUUACUGAUAAAUAUUUUGUUCUAGGGGCCCGACCUAAAACAAUAGCGACGAAGAAAGGUAAAGGCCGGUUUGAGAUGAGAAACGGUUACUGUGGAUAUGAUAUAUCAUUCCAGGAGUUUUUAGACUAUUUUACAGAUCUACACAUUGCUGGAAAGGAGGUAGAAGAACACACGAUGCCAGUGUCAAGCCUUUGUUAUCCCUGUAUGGUGCACUAUAACAUUCUCUGUAAACAAGAGACUCUCACCGCUGACAUAGAAUAUGUCCUUAGUGUCACUAACAUAUCCGAACCAAGGCGACAAACCGUUAUGGAAUUGAUUCGUAGUAAAAGCUUGAAUGAUACAAUCUAUGCCUCCGUUUCGUAUCAUAUGUUGUACUUUAACCUCUAUCCAAAUGAUUGCUCGAGUAAAAUACUUCUCAUGGAAAAAGUAUGGAAAGUUUUUCAACUUCAAGGAUACAUAAGCUUGUCCCUGACAUUCCCGAUAAACAGCUUUCAGAACUUGACAGAUUUUGAUGCAGAAAAUGUGACAACACUCAUAUUAGAACAAAUACAAUCCAGGCCGCUUUCAAAAUCACAAAUGUCGAAACAAAGACAAAUAGCACUAGCGGAGGCAUACAGCUCGAUCAAACCUAGCACCAUAGCCAGGGUACAGCGGAUGUUUGCCCAGGACUUCCACCUCUUUGGGUACGAUAAAACCAUCCCAACAAGACAUGGAAAAAAUCACUAGAUCGACCAAAGAACGUUGGCCUGGUGUUCAGAACGUAUACAAAAUAUAUUCUACGAAACUGAAGCUAGUCUUCACUGACUUUAAAUAUCAUAGUAAAUAUCAUUUACUAGUCCUAUUCUCGAAUGUGUUUUUAUUGCUUUGGAUAAUUAUGUUGAAUAAUGCGAAGACAUUACACCAAUUGCAGCAUGGA